AUGUCUUCCUUGACAAGCAGCAAAUACGCUGAGGCAAAGACAUGCGUCUUCUGGGACAUUGAGGAUUGUCCAAUCCCAGAUGGUCUGGAUCCGGAAAUGGUUGCCAAGAACAUCAAAACAGCUCUUGCGAAAAGGGGUUAUCUUGGUGAGCUAACAAUCAAGGUUUACGGUGACAAGUAUCAGGUCGAAGAAUACUAUCAAUCCGCCGGAAUCGAACUCCAUUCCCUUGGAAGCAAAUACGAGAGAUUUAGAAGAAUGUAUCCGGAUUUUUUCAGAUGGGGAUUGAGUCAUGUACAUGACGUGACAAAUAUGAUGGUCAUAUCAGGAGAUAACGCAGAAUUUGCGUCUUGUCUCCAACGUGUUAAAGAGUCAGGUCAGAACAUUCUCACUGCACAGCCUGAAGACGCACCGAGAAGAUGUUGCGGUUGCAGCGUGUCAGAAGCAGCUGUCACCGAUGAGUGGAUUUGGGAUAGCCUAGCAGCUGGAGGAGACCCUAUCACCAGAGCUUUGUAG